CCUUCGUCUCAUUGUUUACAUUUUACCUCGUGAUGUGGACGGCGGAGUAAAAGGCGCCAGUGUUUGGUGUCCUUCCAGAGAGAAACAUCACAAACUGCUGCAUGAGGUUUUAAAACCUGAAGCGAAGCUACAAAGAGCAGGUCGGGGAGAAGUCGAGGAGAGACUCUUCAACAUGAACUCUGAGAGGAAACUGUCAGCUGGCCAGCGGAGAGCUUUACCUACAGAUGUCCAGAAAGUGAUUGUUGGUGAAGAACAUCAGCAGGAGUGGAGCUCCUGUCUGGAACAGGAGGACACAAAGCCCCCCAACAUUAAAGAGGAACAGGAGGAACUCCGGAUCAGUCAAGAUGAAGAGCAGCUUCAAGGGCUGGAGGAGGCUGAUAUCACCAAAUUCACAUUCACUCUGGUCCCUGUGAAGAGUGAAGAUGAUGAAGAGAAACCUGAGUUCUCACAGCUUCAUCAAAGACAAACUGAAGAGAUAAAAACUAAAGCCGAUGGAGAGGACAGUGGAGGACCAGAACCAGCCAUGAAAUCAGAUCCAGAUACACAUUUACAACCAGAUACUGAUGACGAGACUGGAGACUCUUCUGAACCUGAGACUGAUGACAGUGCUGAUUGGAAAGAUACCAGAGAACCUCAGUCAGGUUUAAACUCUCUGAAUAAUGAUAGAUUCCUUGUAAGUGAUUCAAGAUGUACUACAGAUGAGAAAGCAUUUAGCUGCUCUGAGUGUAGGAAAAGAUUUGGCACCAAUGCACUUCUGAAGAGACACAUGAGAUCUCAUACAGGAGAGAAACCAUUUAGCUGCUCAGUCUGUAAGAAAGCUUUUACAAAGAGUGGGAAUUUACAGACACACAUGCGAAUCCACAAAGGAGAGAAACCAUUUAGCUGCUCAGUCUGUAAGAAAGCUUUUAGAGAGAGUGGAUAUUUACAGGCACACAUGAGAAUCCACACAGGAGUGAAACCAUUUAGUUGCUCAGUCUGUAAGAAAGCUUUUAUAGCGAGGGGAAAUUUAAAGAGACACAUGAGGACUCACAAAGGAGAGAAACCAUUUAGCUGCUCAGUCUGUAAGAAAGCUUUUACAGAGAGUGGAAGUUUAAAGAGACACAUAAUCCACAAAGGAGAGAAACCAUUUAGCUGCUCUAAGUGUGGGAAAAGAUUUGCCACUAAUGCACAUCUGAAGAGACACAUGCGAUCUCAUACAGGAGAGAAACCAUUUAGCUGCUCAGUCUGUAAGAAAGCUUUUACAGAGAGUGGAAAUUUACAGAAACACAUGAGAACCCAACACGUGAGUGUUACAAGCUCCCCCCAUUGUUUUGCUUCUCCCUGUUUGAUCUUCUGAAGUGAUCCUGAUUUGAUCGUUAGUGGUUGGCUCCGCCCCCUGUACUUAAGGAAGGCUGGAGGACUCUUUUAGACUGAAGCAGCUGUGCACCAGUGUGAUUAUUGUUUGGCGGAUUGAUGUCUGAGGGGUAUGGCGCAAAACCAAGAUUAUAUUUGGAACUAAAUUCAUGAUAUUUGGAUAUUGUAGUAUAAAUACAGAUGUUUAAAUAGUAAUUGAUAAUUAAAUAAUUGAAAGAGUCUAUGGAAAUAAAAUGUCUGGGUGUUGUACUUGACUAGACCAAUACACCUUUAAUUAUUUUA